AACUAAGUGUCCGAAUGGAGGAACGGGACAAGUGCAGAUCUCCUGCACAUGCAGUUCUCCUGCACUGUAUUCACCAUUCACCAUUUUCUUUUUAUAAAAGCAGUUCAAGCGGGAGAUCUGCAUACAGUUCAAUAUUUUUUGUCUUUUUGUGAAAAAAGCAGGAGAUCUGCAUGCAGAUCUCACCCGCCAAUAUUUGGUGGUGUUGAUCUGCUUUUUUUUUUGUCUGGUCAAUAAAUAACUUUGUUACAACAUAUAACUUUAAAAAUAUAUUUAUCUAGUUUUAUGAAUACAAUAUUUUUAUUUUAUUUUAUUUACAAUUUUAACAAUAUAAAAUUAUCAUUCUCUACUUAUUAUUUUUUGUCAUAUAAUUUUUAAUUUUUAUAAAUAAGAAAAUAAAAUAAGUAUAAGUAUCUUUUAAAACAUUUACAGGCAUUUCGGUCGAUCCUAUAAUAUCUAAGAUAUUUGUUUAGAUAUCUAAGUGUCAUUUUUAUUGUUUUAAUAUAUGAUCUAUAGUUUUGAACUCAUUUUGUCAUUCCUAAGUUAUAAUAAAUUAUUUGAUCCGGUUUUCUCCUGCAUGAUCCGCUUGAUCUGCACUUGUCCUGCUUGAUCUGUAUUUGUCCUGCUUGAUCUGCAUGAUCUGCUUGAUCUGUCCUGCUUGAACUGCUUUUACCAUUCGAAGCCUAAGAACAUGACAGAGAAAGAGAUAGAGACAGAAACGACAAAAGAGAAUGCAAAGGAGAGAGAAGAUAAUGCUGGGGAGAGAGGGACAAUGAGGAACGAUGAAGAUGGUACCAUGGACGAAACCCAGACACAAAGUCACUACCUGAGAAGCAUUGAAGAACCGUUCGACAGUGUGAAGAAUGUUGAAGGAUCUGUUGUUGUUAGAGAAAAAGGACUUCGAAGAAGGGUAUGAAACUGAGUACGAGUACGAGGAAAAGAAAAAAUCUGGGAAAAAAGAUAAGAUGGAUGAAGAUGAGGAUACUCUUGGUCGAUAUGAAUUUGAAAUCGAAGAAUCAGUCGCUGAAUUUGAGGAUGAGGAGCCAACUGAAAGAAACCAGAUACCAGAGAGUUCAGAUGACUCUUCUGAGGAUGAGAUCGAUGUGCGUGAGAAGCGAAUGAAAAGAAGAAGAAGUCAUGAUAGAUUAGCUUUGGGGAGUAGCUACUACACCUUGUAUGAGUUUAAAGAAGUUGUUUUGGAAUAUGCUCUGAGCAAGAGAAGAAACAUUAAGCAAGACAGGUGGGAUAAGAAAAAAGUUUCAUUUGUCUGUGGCAUCGGUAAGAAGUGUAAAUGGCGAAUUUAUUGCUCAUAUGAUACUGAAAGUCAGAAAUGGUUGUUGAAAACGAAGUACAAGUUUCAUAGUUGCACUCCGGAUGGAAAAUGCAAGCUGUUGAAAAGUCCGGUGAUUGCAAGACUAUUUUUGGAUAAGCUGAGACAGAAAGCGGAUUUGAUGCCCGAGGAGAUUCAACAGAUUAUAAAAGAGAAGUGGAAAAUAGUUAGUACACGGAACCAGUGCCAACGAGGGAGACUUAUAGCUCUAAAAUGGCUUGAGAAAGAGUAUGAGGAGCAGUUUGCUCAUCUUCGAGGAUAUGCACAGGAGAUCAUGGUGACAAAUCAGGGUUCCACGGCCAUUGUAGACACGUACAAAAACAAAGCAGGGGAAGAUGUGUUCAAUGGUUUUUAUGUCUGCUUUGGGAUUCUUCGGGACACUUGGAGAGGAUAUUGUAGGCCAAUUAUCGGUGUUGAUGGUACUUUCUUGAAGAGAGCUGUGAAAGGGGUGUUGCUAACUGCUGUUGGACAACUGAUAGUUGGCUAUGGUUUAUCAAGAAACUAAAACAUGACUUAGUUCUACAAGAUGGGAAUGGGUUUGUCAUCAUUUCAGAUAGAUCAAAGGGACUAAAAAGUGCCAUGGAGUCAGAGUUACCGAAAGCUGAGCAUAGAAAAUGUGUGAAACACAUUGUGGAGAAUGUGAAAAAGAAUCAUGCCAAGAAAGACUUGCUGAAACCGAGGAUCUGGGAUAUUGCUCGGAGCUAUACGAAGUCAGAAUUUGACUACAAUGUCAAGAAGUUAAAAGCAUACAAUUUGGACUUGUACAAUGAUGUUAUGAAGGAGCUGCCGGAAACUUGGUCUCGAUAUGCUUACAAGCUUGGAAGCUGUUGUGAAGACGUUGACAACAACGCAACAGAGUCCUUUAACUCCACCAUCACAAAAGCAAGAGCCAAAGCAUUGGUCCCGAUGCUUGAGAUGAUAAGGAGGCAAGCAAUGGUACGCAUCGCUAAAAGACACAAAAUAUCGAUGAGGCAUGAGGGGGUUUGUUCAGAGUAUGUAGCUGGUCUGCUUGCAGAGGAGAAGAAAAUCGCAGAUGAGUGUGUGACGACACCUGCAACCCGUGGAGUCUUUGAGGUCACUGUAGAUGCCAAUUCAUAUAAUGUCAACACAGUAAGGCAUACAUGUUCAUGCGGAAAAUGGCAAAUAAGUGGAGUUCCAUGUGAACACGCUUAUGGAGCAAUGAUCGACAAAGGUUUGAAUGUUGAUGAAUAUGUCUCAGGCUUCUUCUCUACGCAUAUGUGGCAAUAUAUUUACAACACUAAUCUAGAACCUGUUAGAGGACCACGAGUAUGGAUGAAGUCCGAUUUAGGAUUGAUAGUUGCUCCUCCUGAGCCUGAUCAACCUGGGAGAAAGAAGAAGAAGAAGCAAAAGAAGUUUCCUAGAAUAAAAGGCAAGUUUGAAUCACCAAAGAAGAAGAAGAAGAAGAAGAGGGAAGUGGAGAAGCUUGGAAGGGGUGGUCGGACAGUCCAUUGUGGUUCUUGUGGUGAGGCAGGCCAUAAUGCCAAUGGUUGUAAAGUCCAUCCAAAGAAGAAGAUGAAAAAGACACACCAAACCGUGGAAGAGGGCACUUCUUCUCAUGUCCAUGAAGAGAUCAGACUUACACAGCCUACUCAAUCUACUCUAGCUCAAGACUAGUGGUUCUUUUAUUGUCGCUUAAAACUCCAUUUUCAUGUUUUUUGUGUUUUUUGUUGUUCUUUUAAACUCUAAAUGAAUGUACUUUUGUGGCUUUUGUGGUUCUUUAAAACUCUAAAUGAAUGCAAUUUGUGACUUUUGUUGUUGUUUAAAACCUGUUUUAUUUCGUUUGUGUUUUUUAGCUUAUGUAUGUUUGAUAAUUUUCGAGCAUAAACAAGUGGAACAAGUCAUACUCAUGUUUUACUGAAACACAUAAGAACAUAAUCUUGCAUAAAGAAUAAAGAACAUGAUAAUCUUGCAUAAACUCAAGCAUAACCAAGCAUAAAUAACAUGAUAAUCUCAGUUACUGAAACACAUAAGAACAUAAUCUUGACACUGAAAACAUGAUCAGUGUGAAGGGAUCAGACUUACACUGAAGAUAAGAGUCUUACAUAUCUCUAAAAACAUAUGAGAAAUUCAUUACAUAAUGAACAUGAUCAUCUCAGUUACUUGAUCCCUUUCCAAAGAACCAUAUCCUAUCAUAGCUUUCAAUCAUCUCUUCAUUCAUCUUAACUCUCAUAGCUUCUUCUUCCACCUUCUCAAGUCUUUUUUCUUGAAACUUAAAGCGCUCCAUCAUACUCUCUCGCAGAUCCUUAACAUCAUUCACAAGUUCAUCAUGUUUUGCAUCCACCUUCCCUAUCUCAUCUAUCACUGCUUCAUCCACCCAUCUGAAAAGAUGUCUCUCCGUCUUUCUCUAUUAUCAAACACAAACAACAUGAUUCUCUCUUUGAGACUAGUAAAAUUACAAGAUACAAUGGCGAUGCAAGAUACAAUCUCAUACCUGAAAUGCAAUCUCACACCUGUAAAACCUCCUAUAUGGGUUCUUUUCGGUCUUUGAGACAAAUGUGGCCACAUUCUUACCACACCAGCAUUGUGUUGGUACGCCUCCCAUUGCUCUCUGUCGCGAAGAAGAUGAGGCUGAGUUGCUCAUUAUCGAUGGAUUCGUCUCUCUGUCUUUGUGUUCCUCGUCGUUGUCUCUCUCUCUCUCUCUCUGUUCCUCGCCAUCGUCGUCGUGUCUCUAUGUUCUCGUCGUCGUCUUUCUCUGUUCCCGUCGUUGUCAUGUCUCUGUGUUCCCGUCGUCUCUCUCUGUUCUCGUCGUCGUGGUGUCUCUCCUUGUUCCCGUGGUCGUCUGUGUGUUCUUCGUCGUCUGUUCUUCGUGUUCAAACAAUAAAGUCCAAACCCUAAUUUAAAAUUUUCCCCAAUUCGAUUUUAUUUUGUAAUUAACUUCUGUCGGGUCUUUUUUCAUUCCGGGUCGGGUUUUCUUUUUAAUUGGGCAAUCGCAAUUUACAAAACGCAAUUAAGUUUACUCUAAUUCGAUUUUAAAAUUGAUUAGAGAGGGGGGUUAAAUAAGUUCAGGGGGAGAUAUGAAGAGAAUUUGUAUUUCUGGGUGGAUUGGUCAAGAGCCAAGAAGUUUGGGGGGGAAUAGAUAGGGUGUGCAAGUCUACAGGGGGUUUUAGGCAGCCAACCCAAGUUUUAAACGAAAAUAGUUUUCUAAUAAACGGUAAACAAGCCCACUAAGUAGUUAUAAGGCCCAUCUUGGCCCGAUUAUUACAGGAUCUUUGAAGCCUCCAAAAUCUCCGGUAACUGCAACCAUAAGUUUUACAAAUGAAACACUUCGUGACUGUUAUUUUAGCUUUAGACAUUAACAAAAAUAUUGUCAUUUCAGAUCAAUACUUGGUUCUUUUGAAUCUCUUUAUAGUAACUACUUUAAUCAGACAUUAAGCACUCGCAAGUGUUAUUCACAAAGAAAGAAAGUGUCAACUUUAUCAACAUUUUUAUUAGAACAAAUCAGUUUAGGGAAAAGAGAUUCAAAAACAAAGCCCAAACAGAUGUUACAGUUUGACUACAUAUGAUUGAAGCUAUUGUCACCGUUAACUAGCCUCACUCUCAGUGUCAAGUAGAUCAAUAUCAAUGUUCCAAGACUUGAUCUGCAUAACCCAAGACAAUUCAUAGUGAAUAUGCAUCGUUAAAGUAAUGUACUACAAUGACUUUAUUACACGCUGUAGAGUUAAUAUUACUUACAAGAUGGAUCAUAUGUGGAAAUAAAAAGAUUUGCGUUAUUUUCAAAAUGUUCAGUAAAUGUAUUUCCCAUAUUUUUAAAAUUUUGGUCGAUUAUCCGUAAAAUACAAAUUCUACUUAGUGUAGAAACAAGACAAGAGGUUUGAAAUCCAAUUCUACUUAUCUUAGAGCAUUGGGUUGUUUGUGGACUAUAUAUUCCAUAAAAUUUAAGGAGUGAUAAGUUAGGAGUAAUAUAAUUCAAAAGAAAUUUAGAAAGUUUUUUGAAAUUUGUAGAUUAUUCAUUCUAAUAAAAGUAGAUUUUUAAUAAAACAUGGAAUUCAGUUUCCACUAUGCAAUUUUUCGUAGAAUAUAAAAUCUGCUAUAUGUAGAACAAAAUUUGAACUUCUUAUUUAACAAGUUUUAGAACUCCUAAAGAUAAUAUUACACUGCAAUGAAUAUUUCAUGUAUUGUUCAUAAUUUUUGGUUUGUAAAACUGCUUAUUUCAUUAACUUUAAUGAAACAGUAAAAAAGAAUAAGACAAUUUUUUUAUCCUAUUAGAAAAAUAAUAGUAAAAAUUUGAUCUAUAUUUCCAAUUUUACCUAAUAUUUUUACUUAUGAGCUUUAGUUACAUUUAAAAAUAUCUCAAUUGAGAAACUAUAUACCAAAUAAUUUGUGGUACAAGAUUCCUUGCAUUUUUCAUAGAAUCUAAUAACUUUCACUCAGUCGUUUAUCUUUUUCAUUUUUUUUUCUUUCUCAACGACAUAAAAAUAAAGAUAUGAAGAAAAUAAACGACUGAGUGAAAAUUAUUAGAUUCUAUGAAAAAUGCAAGCAAUCUUCUUUAUGUCUUAACUAAUUAUCUCUUUGUACCCUUUAAAUGAUUCAUCUUCUUCUUUAUCUUCAGUGAUUCUGUAGAUGAUUCCCUUUUUAUUCAACACUAAUUUGUGUAAUAUUUUACUGUCAUCAAUGAUAAUUAUAGCUUUAAUGUCGUUCCGAUCAGAGUAUUACCUUCGUCUACCAAAACUCCUGCCACCUUAGUUGCAUAUGUCCACCACAAGUUAUCAGUUAAUGAAUCAGCACUUGUUGUUAUAACAUGUUUAUCUCAAUGACAAUGAGCAUGUCGAAAAGUAUAGUCUCCUUCCAGUUUUUUCAAUUUCAUUUGGUAAUGUAUGGCUUGUUUUCAUAUGGCUUAUAUAUUGCAAUCAUGACUAGCAAAUAUUAUUUUUCCCUUCUGAAAAUAUCUAUAAUGAAGUUGUUAAGAGUAACAAAAAUAUUACAAAGAAGAACUUAUUGAAGUUGGAGGGCAAUAAAACUAGCAAAUAAAGUGGCAUGAGAAACACACUAAAAGAAAUAAGAAAUCAAGAAGAACUGGAAGUAAGAAAAUAUUUGAAAACUUUUGUUGUAAACCUAAAUAUAUCAAAUAAAUCGUAAACAAAUUAUACAAAUACAAACACAAUAAUGAAAAACAACACAUGAUGUAACUAAAAUAAU